AAAACUUUCAUCGUACGUAUAACCUUACAAAAGUAAUAAUUUUCAAAAAAUUUCCACAUUUCCAGUAUUUUGCUUGGUUAUUCUCUGGAAAUUUUGUGCUAAUAUAAUUCAAAAUAACAGAAAACAUGGAAUCUUGGUCAAAAUAUGCAAAAAUUUAUGAUCCGAUUAAGUGUGCCUCAAUUGAUGGCACUGACUGCGAUCCCCACGACAAGGCAGUCUUGAGAGCCCUGAAUGCUACUUACAAUCCAAAUCGAUUCGUGAAAGGUCGGCCUGAAUGUACCAUCUUUGUUAGCCGUCUCAACCACGAAACUACCAAAGAAACCAUAAAAGAGAUAUUUUCAAAAUACGGCAAACUGAAACGAUUUCGGAUAAUCAAAGAUAUCGUAACGGGCAUGUCGAAAGGUUACGCCUUUGUCGAAUACGAAGAGGAACGAGGCGCCGAGGAAGCCUACAGGCUGGCCAAUAAAAUGCUGGUGGACGAAAGACGUAUUUUUGUUGAUUUUGAGUGCGAAAGACUAUUGAAAGGUUGGAAACCUAGACGCUUAGGUGGCGGAUUCGGUGGUAAAAAGGAAUCGGGUCAAUUACGAUUUGGCGGCAGGGAUCGUCCAUUCAAAAAGCCAAUUGCUUUGGAAAUGAAAGAAAAAAAAGAAAAACGCCAAAGGGAAGAUGAAGAACGUCGCCAUCGCGUUAGACAUGAAAUAAAAUCAUCCUCUAAGACUAGAAGAAAGUCUACUUCCAAAGAGAGAAAAAGGCCAAAAACUCCACCGAAGGAGCAUAACCGUUCUAAAGACAGGACUAAACAAAAACGAUCAUCAGAAACCAAAUCUCUUAGGAAAAAAUCACUUGUCAAGUCAAAAGGAGAUGCUCAAUCCAGCAAAUCAAAAACUGAUGAUCAACUACAUUUACCUCCAAGACAAAAAAACGACAGACCCGCCUCUCCACCACAACAAAAUCGAAAAACUAAUUCUUCUUGUAAAGGUGAAGAAAAAAUAUGUCCACCUCCACUACACGUUGACAACAAGCCAACGCAUGAACGAUCUAGACCUGAAUCGCUAUUGGGCAGGUCAUCUCCAAAAAUGAGAUCUAGAUCACCAAUAUCGAAUCGUGAAACUAACUAUAGAGAUCAAUCUGCAAGAGAUCAUCAUGAAAAUAGUUAUAGAGGUCAAUCUGCUAGGGAUCGUGAAAACAAUUACAGAGAUCACUAUGAAAAUAAUUAUUCAGGUCAAUCUCCUAAGGAUCUUCAUGAAAAUAAUUAUAGAGGUCAAUCUGCUAGGGAUCACCUUGAAAAUAAUUAUGCAGAUCAAACUUUCAAAGAUCAUCAUGAACAUAAUUAUAGAGGUCAAUGUGCUAGGGAUCACCAUGAAAAUAAUUAUACAGGUAGAGGUCAUCAUGAAAAUAAUUAUAGAGGUCAAUCUCCUACGGAUCGUCAUGAAAACAACUAUAGAGGUCAAUCUGCUAUGGAUCAUCAUAAAAAUAAUUAUAUAGAUGAAUCUACUAAGGAUCUUCAUGAAAAUAAUUACAGAGGUCAAUCUGCUAGGGAUCUUCAUGAAAAUAAUUAUAGAGGACAAUCUACUAGGGAUCACCAUGUGAAUAAUUAUACAAGUCAAUCUCCUAAGGAUCAACAUGAUAAUAGUUAUAGAGGUCAAUCUGCUAGGGAUCACCUUGAAAAUAAUUAUACAGGUCAAUCUCCUAAAGAACAUCAUGAAAAUAAUUAUAGAAGUCAAGCUCCUAGGGAACGUCAUGAAAACAACUAUAGAGGUCAAUCUGCGAUGGAUCAUCAUAAAAAUAAUUAUACAAGUCAAUCUCCUGAAGAUCUUCAAGAAAAUAAUUAUAGAGGUCAAUCUGCUAGGGAUCCCCAUGAAAAUAAUUAUAGAGGUCAAUCUGAUAGGCAUCAUCCUGAAAAUAAUUAUAGAGUUCAAUCUGCUAGAGAUCAUCCUGAAAAUAAUUAUAAAGGCCAAUCAUCAAUGGAACACAAUCAAAGCCGCACUUUUUAUAAUAAUGAUGAUUCAUAUUUGCCUUCAAAUGUCGAUUUUCGACAACCUCCACCUACUCAUGAAAAUAACGACAUGCCUAGAAGACAGCUGGCUGCAAGAGAUCUGAGACAAGAGGAUUACCGUCGAAGGGAUCAAUAUUUUUCACCUGAACAAUCAAAUUAUCCACCAUUUCCUAGGAAUGUUUCUGCUGCGCCUGUAAGGGGUAGAGGCAGGGGUAGAGGUAGAGAUGGUCAUGUUCCUUAUCAAAGGAGAGGAAUUAGAGGAGGAUUUCAAAGAUAUUAAGUGUAUUUUGUUAGUAAUAAGUUUUUUUGUCAAAUUAUACCUACAUACCUUAUCUUCAUUGAAUUA